AUGUCGACGACAAUUCCGGGACCACCUGGCAGCCCAGGCGGUUUGGUUACAUUUGGUCCUCACGCCAAUUGCACGCUUGAUCUCUGUCCGAUAGAAUAUAGCGUCUACAAAUAUCGCCCUUCAGUUCCAGCCAACGCAAUCUUCGUUGCCCUCUUCGGAAUUUCGAUUGUCGGCCAUGUUAUUCUUGGCAUUCGCUGGCGCCAGUGGAACUUUAUGGCCCUUAUGAUAGUCGGAUGCUUGGUUGAGAUUGGAGGCUAUGCCGGUCGUCUCAUUCUGUACAACAACCCUUUCUCAUUCGGCGGCUUCAUGGAUCAGAUUGUCCUCAUCACUAUCGGCCCUGUAUUCUACACUGCUGGAAUAUACAUCACCUUAUCCAAGACCAUUAACUACCUAGCUCCCGAAGUUUCUCGUAUCAAGCCCGAACUCUUAUAUUGGAUAUUCAUCCCUGUUGACAUUAUUUGCCUUAUCCUACAAGCCGCCGGCGGAGCUAUAUCUGUUGUCUCAUCCGGGUCUAGUUCAACUGGAGUGGAUAUUGCUAUGGCGGGCCUGGGACUUCAGGUUGGAGGCCUGUUCUUUUUCAGCACAUUAUUUGUCGAUUAUUUGAUUCGCUAUGUCCGCAAAAAGCCUGAAUCUCCCUUGACAACGAGGAUGCGUAUCUUUUUCGGCUUUUUAGGUGCUGCGAUCCUCUUAAUCUUUGUACGAUGCGUUUACCGUUGUUAUGAAUUGAGCAAAGGAUACAUACAUUCAGACUUAAUAACAAACCAAGGACUAUUUAUUGGGCUUGAAGGAGUACUCAUCAUCACGGCUAGCUUUUGCCUCUUCCUUGGACAUCCUGGUUUUAUUUUCCAUCGAAACGAAGCCAAAGCUCACUCUCUACCUAUGUAUGAUGAGCACGAUAGCUCGGACUCCAAAGCUUAA